GCCGACAUCACCACUGUAUGACCGUUCGUGGAAGUUAUAAGACUUCGCAAAGAGAGAGAGAGAGAGAGAGGGAGACUCUCUUCUCUGCAGUCCCUUCUGCCAGUUUGAUUGUUUAGAGGGUGCUGUUUCCUACUGAUGUUCCCAAAUCAAGUUUGCAGUACAUAUCUGAAGUAUAGAUCAAAUGCCCUCAUUAAAAAUGAAGACCAAAUUGAGCACGGGCUGUUUCAAAGAAAAAAAUGGUCUUCAUGCAUGUCAAAAGUCAAGUAAAAUUUCCAAAAAAUCAUGCUCGUAUGUCAGGAUUUCUGAACACACAGCCGAGUUUGACACAUGUAUUCCUGAAUGCGAGGAUGUUUCUUUAAACACACAAGUGUCCAUCAAGAACAUUGAAAGUGAUGGAGUCAUUGACCGUGAAGAAUUUCUGGAUGAAGAAAAUUCUCAGUUUCAGAACCAGCCAUCAUUUUUUGUUGAUUCUGCAACCAUUGGGAGAAUGGAAUCUGCCCACAAUUCAAACCUAGAGACGAUUUUUUCUCCUGCUUUGGAGCCCAUUGACAGCCAUACUGAACCAAAAGCUGAUGAUGAUGCAGGAAACAACAAAGAUCCUGACAUGCCAGGGUUGGGAGCUGAUGAGAGUGAUGAUAACAGAAGCUCAUCUGACUACCAAAGUUGUGAUGUAUCAGAUUUCUACAUAUCUGAUAUGAUUGUUGCUAGCUUACCCUACCAUGGAAAUGCAUUUGAUGAUGAUAAUGGUGGGGCGAAUUGCUUUCCUGAUUAUAAAUGUGCUGAGCCUAGUUUGUUGUUUGAUGUGACUGAGCAAUAUAUGAUGCUGCCCUUCCUUGAGGAUACUGUCAAAACCAGCGAUAUCAACCGUGCCAAAUCAUGUGAAGAAGCCAUGUUGGGUUCUGAUAAUACUAGCUUGUACCUAGCAAUUGAUCAAAUGAGACCCUGCAACCAGGAAUUUGAUGCCAACUCUGAUUCAGAUCAGGGAGAGUGCUUUGAUCCACAGGUGUUUAUAAAAAAUUUACCGGAACUCUCAGAUGUGGUAUCAAACUUUCAGCCCGCUAUAUUGCCAGAGGAAACUCAGAACAGGAAACAUGUAACACUAGUACUUGAUUUGGAUGAAACCCUUGUCCACUCUACAUUGGAACACCACGAUGAUGCGGACUUCACCUUCACUGUUUUCUUCAACAUGAAGGAGCACACUGUAUAUGUAAAACAGAGGCCUUAUCUUCAUAUGUUCUUGGAGAAAGUUGCGGAGAUGUUUGAAGUAGUUAUUUUUACUGCAAGCCAAAGCAUUUACGCAGAACAACUUCUUGAUACACUGGAUCCAGAUGGGAAGCUUAUAUCUCGCCGGGUUUACCGUGAAUCAUGCAUUUUUGCAGAUGGUAGUUACACUAAAGAUUUGACUGUUUUAGGUGUUGAUCUUGCAAAAGUUGCCAUAAUUGAUAAUUCUCCUCAGGUUUUCCGGUUGCAAUUCAAUAAUGGGAUUCCUAUAAAGAGUUGGUUUGAUGAUCCAUCGGACUCUGCACUAAUUUCCUUACUUCCCUUCUUAGAGACCCUGGUUGAUGCUGAAGAUGUCCGGCCGAUCAUUGCCAAGAGAUUUGGCGCUAUGAAUUUGAAUUAGAAACUUAUGUUUGAAUUGAUGAUCAAGCCUCAUAUGGAUGGGAGCAGCUCCUGAGUUAACGAAUCUGUUGAGAGACCCUCGAGCAGAUUGUGAAGGGAACAUGGUCUGAACUGCUCAUCUACUACAGUGAAGAAUUAUUGGAGAGAAAAAGAUGAUGAGUUAUGGGUGUAUAAAUUAGCUAAUUAUCGCCUGUUUGUCAUGAUCUUCUACCUGAAUCUAAUAAUCUAUUACACUUUCACAAUUUUGUAUACCCUUUUCUGCAGGUCAUUGGAAGAUCUUCUAA